AACAAAAGAGCAAUACUAAUUCACAUCCUACUCUCUCAUAAUGAAGAUAUAGUUAAUUGAUUAGAAAAACCAAGUUGAGCCGAGGCGGUGCAGAAGGGAAGGCGUCAGCAGACAGAGGAAGGUCUUAGCUGUGGUGCGCAUGUUACGUUCAGCCACAAAGAUGAGGACCGAGUGCAAAGUGUAUGUGGGUAACUUGGGCAACGCGGAUGCCAAGCAUGAGCUGGAAUCCGCGUUCUCCAAGUAUGGCCCACUGGUCAAUGUUUGGGUAGCCCGGAAUCCACCUGGCUUUGCCUUUGUAGAGUUUGAGGAUCCAAGGGAUGCUGAGGACUCAGUACGGGCUCUGGAUGGCACGCGGCUGUGUGGCGUCCGAGUGAAGGUGGAGAUGUCGACAGGGCGUUCCCGACGCGACCGCUUCCAUUCUCCUCCGAGGCGGGGUGGAGCAGGCGCCAGGCGGUCAAGGUCACGCUCGCCUCGCAGGUUUGGGGGCAGCCGCGGCCGCUCUCGUUCACGCUCCCCCAGGCGCUCCAGGUCCAGAUCGCCAAGGCCAGCUCGUCGGGGCUCCCCAAGUUUCCGACCGAUAACUACCACAAAAACACCACUCGCCCGCCAACCACCACCGCCUAUGCACUCUCACUCACCACAACCAACCACAGAGUACGAUGACUACCGCCGCCGAAGUGAGUCCCCACAGACCAAGAGACGUUCUCGCUCCAGGUCCUAAGCCCAGGCUGCUGUUGACCAAGGCUGGAAGUGGCAGGACAUGCACGAUGGAUGUUUCAGAAACUGAUCUUCAGUGUGGUCAACACAGCAUAUAUUUUUUUAUGGGUGGUGAGUUGGAACUAAAUGUUGGUGACCAACUGGUAGGGAUAUUUGUGGACUAUUGCUCCUGACAGUCUCCAGCAGCAGCCCAGAGUUGUGCCUGGUGACAGGCAAGAAUUGACAAGACACCAAACCACUGUGGCAGCAGCUGCAGCUCUUAGUGAUGGUGCCAUUCAUGCUGCCCCCUGACCAUUCAUUGUUCCCCCACCCCCACCUUCAGUGGUCGUUAUGUAUUGCGCCCUUUUUGAUAUGGAAGAACUUGAGGCUUGAUAAUGAUCAUAGUUAGCUGUAAGGGUAUUAGCUUUCAGCUUGUUUUCCAAGAAUCUGCUACAAUCUAGGUGAAGCCCUCCCUACUCUUGAAAGUUUCAGCUCAAUGGUUGUUUCUUCCAUAGAGAGAACUUAGCUGCUCCCUGAUUUAGGUCUUGAUGUUUAUUUCACAUUGUCAUUGUACAAUUUCUACUCUAUUUUUCUCAUCACAGCAGUCUUGAGGCUUUCACACUUCAUUUUUUUCAUAAAACUACCACUCUUAAUGCUAGAUUCAUCACACAAAUUGCUAUCUUGGCAUUUGCUGAACUGCUUCAUUAUGCAAUUUUUGCAAUGGAAUGAAUCUCUUUAAUUAAAGAGUUGAAUAUGUUUAUGUGGUGAAAUGCUGAAAACUUUGGCAAGUUUGUAUGAUAGAGCACUGUAUACCUUGAACUUGCUCGCUUAUUACAUUUGUAAAACUAGUGAAAUGACUAAUUGUUCUAGACCUUAGGAGAGAAUGGAAUGGUAUGGUGCAAUUUUAACAAAUAUUAUUUCGUUCCCCCACAAGACAGAGAAAGCGGCGUUAGCGCCGGACAGUCAGUCAAUCACUCCGUUGGUCGGGUUCUGAGCGCUUGGGUCACUUUAUUUUUCAGUGUUGCCAUUAUGUCAUGAACAUGUCAUUCAGAAUCAUGGAUUCAUGUGUAAAUUUCAGUGACUGGUUAAUUUACAUUAGCGUUUGGAGAAAGUUGUGUAUUUUCAGUAGAAAGUUUUCUAUAUUCUAAAUAUAAUCUAAUUAUAAGUUCUUUUUAAUUGUAUUUGAAUUGAACAAAAUGGUCCAUACCUGA